AUGGCGGUCGAUUUAAAGCCGGAAAAUUGGACUGUAUCUAGUACUGAGGCUUUGAAGUUAUCUUUGGUUGAUGAUAAUGGUGCAAUUCAGUUCAGACCUACUUUUACUUACCCAAUUUUUGGUGACUCUGAACAGAUUUUCGGAUAUCAGAAUCUGAGCAUCUGUUUGGCGUUUGAUUCUGUUACUUUUAAACCUUUUAUUAAUGCCAAAUAUGAUAAAAUGAUGGAUGAUAUUGAUGAUGUUCAGGAAAAGCUAUUGAAUUUCUUACCUGAAGAAGAUGUAGUUAUUAAGGACGAGGUUAGAUGGGUUGAUAAAUUUCAAAAAGAGAGAGAAAGCUUUACGUUACCUGAUGAUGAAUUGAAGAUUGCAGAAUAUUCAUCAGACGGAGAACAAUAUGCCGUAUAUCAAACCAAGCUAUCUGAUGAUCCCAUUAGAAAACUUCACAAGCGUAUGCAGAUCUUUACCUUGUUGUUCAUCGAAUCUGCGUCAUAUAUUGAUGAAGAAGAUAAUUCUUGGGAUAUCUUUAUUUCUUUUAAGAAGUCGACGAAGCAAUGUAUUGGUUACGCUACAGCAUAUAAAUACUGGAGAUAUAUCAAUGGAACCCAAUUCGAUGCUUCUGAGAUACUAGCGAAAAGAGCUAAAAUUUCUCAAUUCAUUAUAUUUCCUCCAUACCAAUCUAGGAACCACGGUUCCCACUUAUACAAUGCAGUUGUUAAUUUGUGGUUAAAAACCCCAGAAAUAACGGAAAUAACAAUUGAGGAUCCAAACGAAUCUUUCGAUGACUUAAGAGACAGAAAUGACCUUCAAAGGUUAUACACAGCAGGAUUUUUCAAAACUAUUCCUGAUGAACUGCCAAUAUCAAAAAAAUGGCUAGAAGAAAAGAUGAGUGAGUAUAAGUUGGAGAGAAGGCAAUUUGUCCGUCUAGUUGAGAUGAUCUUAUUGCAUAAAAAAUCAUCAAAUUUCAGACUACAAGUUAAGAAUAGACUAUACGAAAAGAACUAUGAAGUUUUGGCCAAUAUGGAUGAUAGCACUAUAAAAGAUAAGCUCCAGACUGCAUUCCAAUUAGUAAAGGAUGAUUACGAACGUAUACUUCAAACAGUUAAAUUCGAGAAACGUGAAAUAGUUGAUGAUUUUAACACGAAUAUCGUAAAGAAACAAAAAUUAAAAACGGAGACAAAAUUAUGA